CAGCGCGCGCGCCCGACACCGCGCGCACACGAGAAGCUGAGUUGGAGGAUCAUGGCGGAGCGCAGGAGGCACAAGAAGCGGAUCCAGGAGGUGAGCGAGCCAACCAAGGAGGAGAAGGCGGUGGCCAAGUACCUUCGUUUUAAUUGCCCCACCAAGUCUACGAACAUGAUGGGCCAUCGAGUCGACUACUUCAUCGCCUCCAAGGCGGUGGACUGUCUGCUGGACUCCAAGUGGGCCAAAGCUAAGAAGGGAGAGGAGGCUGUGUUCACGACCAGGGAGUCGGUGGUGGAUUACUGCAACAGACUUCUUAAGAAGCAGUUCUUCCACCGAGCUCUCAAGGUGAUGAAGAAAAAGCCGGAGAAAGACCCCAAGAAAGAGAAAGAGAAGGACAAAAUCAAGAACGACAGCAGCAAGGAGGAGGAGAAAAAAGGGAAGAAGGAGAAGAAGAAAGAGUCUGAGGCAGCAGAAACCAAGAAAGAGAAGAGUGUGAGUCGAUACAUCCUGCUGUCAAAGGAUGAGAGUCCAGGAACCCCAAAGAAGAAGAAAGAGGUGAAGAAGAAGUUUAAACUGGAGCCUCAUGAGGAUCAACUGUUUCUGGAUGGAAAUGAGGUGUACGUGUGGAUUUAUGAUCCUGUUCAUUUUAAGACAUUUGCUAUGGGCCUAAUCCUUGUUAUUGCUGUGAUCGCAGCCACUCUGUUCCCGCUGUGGCCAGCUGAAAUGCGUGUUGGAGUGUACUAUCUGAGUGUUGCAGCCGGCUGCUUUGUGGCCAGUAUCCUGCUCCUGGCUGUCGCACGCUGCAUCCUCUUCCUCAUCAUCUGGCUGGUGACCGGUGGACGACAUCACUUCUGGUUCCUCCCCAACCUGACGGCAGACGUCGGCUUCAUCGAUUCGUUCCGGCCGCUCUACACUCACGAGUACAAAGGACCUAAAGCCAAUGACAAGAAGGGCUCGGACAAAACCGUGAAGGACAGCAGCGCCCAAAAGGCUCAGAAGUCAGACAGCGACGAGAAGUCCGACAGCGAAAAGAAGGACGACGACGAGGAGGAUGAAGAGGAGGCGGGGCGAGAAGAGGGCAAAGAGGCGGACGAAGAGGGACCGGAGGAUCGCCAAUCGGACACGGACAGCGACCGCCGGGAGGACGAAGGCUCGCAGCACAGCAACGGAAACGACUUUGAAAUGAUCACCAGAGAGGAGCUCGAGCAGCACACCGGAGAGGAAGAUGAAGAGGACGACGGAGAGGAGGAGGAAGAAGAAGAGGAGGAGGAGGAGGAGGAGACGGAAGUGAGGAAAGAAGGGGGCAGGAGUGAGACUAAACCCCAGACUGCUGAAACAUAAACUUUUUCCAGUCCCGUCGCCCAUGUUUCCUCUCUGUCCCUCCCUCCAGUCCAUCCUGAGGCCGCGGAGAGGCUCCAUCUGUUGUUGUUGAGAUCUUCCACUAAACAGAACCGGGUCAGACCCAACACUCGAAGGUUUACGGCUACCGUAACGGAGAAAAACAUGUAUAAUAAAGCCUUACGGUUGUUGUGAUCCCUCCCUCCUAAAUAUUUAUCUUCAGCUGAACGUGUCUGCCUGAGGAACCUGUCGGACCCAAACAACAGCCUUUGGUUUCUCUCCCUCCAACGACUGUCACUUCAGCUCGAACGUCCCCCGUCGCACAUUUCACUCGAGGUCAAAUGAAGACGAGUUGAUCAGCUAAAGAUGCUCUCACCUACUUGCUCCUUUCGGUCGUUCUGACGCACGAUCGCCAGCGAGUCCGAUAGUUUUCUCAGGCGGAGACGAUCGGCACGUCGGCUUUUGAAACCUGAACCAAGCCAGGUGGACCAAAUCCUGUAGUUUAUUCAAAGAAAACUACAGGACAUUGACCGUGUUCUGGCAGAUCUGGCAGAGUGGUGCAGGUCUUUCAGGUGCUGGCCAUUUUCAACAUUUUAUGUAAAUGGCUCAUGAUCACAGUGCAAUUCUCAGUGUGAAAAACUUGUUCUUUAAGAGAAAACGAGAGCAACUGGACACCACUGACAUACCUUUUAUUUUUAUUAAGAUCGCUGAAUUUACUAAACUGAGUCAUUUGUAAACCGGUCCAGAUAACGAAACUUGUGCCAAACACACCGGAUUAACAUGAAUUAUUUCAAAUGAAAGCAUUUUGUUUAUUUUGCGACCAAACUUCACAAAGCACAGUAAAAGCUUGUUGGUGUGCAGCUCGACAAACAUUUCUGGUCUCAAUGAAACCAUUAAAUUAUGUUCACACUAGACUCAUCUCGCACAAGCCGUCGUGUACUAAUGAGCUACUUUUAUCUUUUAUCCACUCACUGAUCAGCAGGAGUCCGGUUAUCGAGGUCCAAGCUGUUGUCUUCAGAGUAGACAUGUUUUGGAUGCUUCUUUUUAAUCAUAGCGAGGAUUAUAUUUAAAUAUAAAACAUAAAUAUGUAUCAUUUAUAUAUGAGUUCUAUUGAUGUAUCAGAUAUAUGCAGAAAAUACUCAAAGUGUAAAAACUAUGAAGAAAACCAGUUUUUCCUGUUGUGUCAGGAGGAAGAACACUUCCCCAGGCGUCUUGUUGUCAUGAGAUAAAUUGUAAUCAUUUAAAGGUAACAUCUGGGAUUAAAGAACAUUUCUACAUUUUUAUUAGAACUGUUUCACCAACAGCUGUCAGUCAUUAACCAGAAGUUAUAAAUCCAGACACCUUCCACAAAGCUUCGUUUGUUCUUUGUUUAGUUUUUUCCUUUUACUGUAAUUUAAGUUUGUAGCUCUGACUCUCCAUCUUGCAUGACGUCACCUGUUUUUACGUUCCUGUUUGCUUGUUUUCUCUCCAGAAAAGCAUUUCUCGUUUAGAUUGAAGACUCUUCUCCCAGUUGUUCCUGACUGUUGCACAGUAAUCGGUCUGUUGUGUCGUAGUAUUAUUACUCUAUGCUGCUGCUUCUCACCGCACAUUUCUGGGAAAAAGUUAAAAAUAAAACAAAUAUAUAAAACUUUCCAAGUUUUAUCUCUGGUAGAGAACUGUCUUUUCUUUUUGAUCACCAAGUCGAUAUCGAUUUUAAAACCGUCUCCUACGUUAUUGGAGUGUAAUUUACUGAAAUUGGAUGUCUGGAAUAUAUCUCUGUUAUUGCAAUAAAAACAUAGA